CUUUAGUGAUAUGCAGCACGGCAGCCCCACCGUCUUUCAGGUGCCCGUGCGCCGCAGCUCGUACGCGCGGCUGCUUCAGUGGGUUGGUCUUGGCUACGUCCUCGUCUCGACGGGCUGGAGUUUAUACUGUCUCGUGCUCUUCACGCCGUACGUGGCCAAUGACUUCUUUUGGACGGGCUUUGCGACCGAGGGCACCUCACGUGUGCUUCUUGCGCUGCUCAACACGCAGCUCGAUAUGCGUGGAAGUGGAUCGCUCGACCUUCUCUCGCUAUCGCUGCCGACAGCUUUCUCAGACACGGCGCCGAAUGGCUAUGGGCGUCGCCUCCUCUACGACGAGUUAACGACACCGAUGACAGCUGUGCGCGGUCUGCGCGCGCUCGACGUGGCCUUGAUCAAGUACCUCGCGGCCAAGUACUGCUGGGUCGACUUUGGCCGCGUCUGGGAACUGGGCACCUCGGAGCGCACGAUGGCUCGCUGCGUCGCCCGUGACAUUCAAAACGGCGCCGUGUACAUGGAGGCGGUGUUCCGCAACGUUCAUUUUCAAGUGUGGUAUGCGCAUGACGCGACACACCUCGACAAGUACCUCUUCGACCCUAUUAGCCAGAGUGCGCCGAGAGGCCGCGAGUGGGUGAACAGUAUCCAGCGCCACACAUGGCUACCGCUUGACGACGAAGUUGCUGUGUGGGAGCAGUACAACAUCCACACCUUCCAGCUUCUGUACUCGAACCGCGUGCGCAUCGGCGUUCAAGAGACGAUUUGGAUUGAAAAUGCCCUUGGGAUGCUCAAUCCGCUUCUGAUCAAGUCGAUUCCGUCGGUGCAGCGCGGCCUCCCGGACUGGACAACGUCGUUCUUGACGGGCACGCUACAGUACGACCUCGUCGGGCUCAUGAUGGCGCCGAAUAUGAGCCUCGUUCGCAACACCUCCGGCUUCUUCGCCGACACGGACCCGGCCAUGCUCGAGCUCUACCUCCUCGGCAACAUUAGCCCUGUCAACAAAGUCUUGCACACGGCGCUGGACUUUCUCACCAACAUCCGCCUGCGCUAUAUCGCGCCCCCACCGUCGCUGAUGGCGCUCGUUCUGGCUUUCGACACGCUCGUGUUGGAAAUGCUCCGAGACAACUUCGACUUUGCGACCGCCUGGGGCAGCGUACCUACCUCAACCAACUUGUUGCCGGCGCCCGUCGCAUGGAGAGGCCGCUUGUCGUACGGCGGAAGCCCGCUCUGCGGGUACGGCAACCCACUUUCGUUGAUCCAAGAGUCGUUUGCGUUUGAUGACGCGUGCGUGGUCCCACUGCCCUUGACGUAUACGUGGACGCCCUUCAGCGGACUCUUUGCUGCGGCGCUGACGUCGCUACCUUCGUCGUCGUCGUUCUGCGCGCACGAAGCACCCACGUGCGCGACCGCUGUCGACCGCACGCUGCACGCCUUGUCGUUCGUUGCAUCGUUGACGCUCCAAGUACCCGACGACGCCAAGGCCUGGAACGUCUCGAUCGCUCAGUUUCUCGCCCCUAAAACCAACAGCAACAACAUUUCGCUCGCGCUGCAGCCGCUGCUCGAUGACACCAAUGCGUGGGCGCCGUACGGGUGGCUGAGUCUCUACGACUGGGCACACGGCAACCGCGAAGUUGUCUCGUUCGAAGGGGACCAUGGCACCCUACGGCUCAUGUCGGCGGCCCAUCCCCGCGUCGUCGCGCCCCGGAGCGCCACUGCCAGCGCAAGCGUCGGCGCAUACCUCUGGUACUCGGCGCUCCUCACGUCUAUUGUGCUCGUCUUCGUCGCAGCCAUGAUUGUCGUGCUGAUCGCAGGCGGGCGUCGGCACCGAACCCCGCACUGGUUUCACUUUCACCGGAUCUCGUCGUCCAUUUAUCUCAACUGGGGGCUCCUCUUUGUACGCGCACUCGUCGCCGCCGUCUGCUUGUCGAGCGCCCCGAUCGUGCCACAGACGCGCGGCGCGACGAUCGCCCUCGUGCAGGACCACCGGUCGCUGUGGACGAGCAUGUUUUUAGCCGGCGAGACGCUUUGGCUCACGUUUGUCGCGCAAGAGUGUCUGCACCCGAUCCUUCUCGAGGCGCUGCACAAAUGGACGACCGGUGCUGCGUGGUGCGUCAUCGUGCUCCUCGACGUCGCGUCGCCCGUGUCGAUCGAGGCCCAUCUUGCCCAUGUGUGUCGAACCACCGACAUGGACAUCGCACUCCAAUGCGAAGCCGGCAGCGUCCGCAUCGGCAGCUUUACCCGCGUACUCACAAUCAUCGGAAUUCAGCUCGGCGGCGUUCUUCUCGCGGUCGGUGGUUCGGUGCUGUGUCGCCCCCGAAGGUCGUCGCAAACGCAGGAGCAGCCGCCGCUGCUCUUACCGCCCAUGGUCCUCCAACUGUUCCCGACACAGGAAAAGCUCGACGAUGUGACCGCCGCCAUGUGCGGCCUGCUCUGGCUGCCAUGGUGGCAGCAACUCUUUAGCAUCAAGCUAUGGCUGCUCGUACCCGCGACCGUGCCAAAGGUGACGGUCGUUCAAAACAUGUCUCCGAUCCUGUUCAAGCACCAAGCCACGGCGUCGCGCGUGGCCAGAGCCGCGCCAUGCAUCCUUGUCGCUGGACUGGUGUACAUUGUGUGCACGCUCUUUAGCAACGUUGCGUACCUCUCGAUCGCCGCCGACUACAUGGCCAACGACUUUUUCUGGGCCGGCUUCAACACCUCGGGAAGCUACGCCUUUCUCGCGACGCGCGUCAACGCCGAGCUUCUCGUGAGCGCCUCAUCUCUCCUCGCGCUCGACAGCACCAAGUACAUCGACUAUUUUACAGCGUACGACGGAUCCCAGCCGAGCGCGCUCUUGUCGGCAGCCACCGCCACCCGCCGCGCGCUCUUCCACCCGAACGUGACGACAUUGGAGGCGGCGAUCCGAGGGCUGCGGGCGAUGGACCCGUGCCGGCUCCCGUGGAUGGCGACACAGUACUGCUAUCUCGACUUGGGCCGCGUCUGGGAGAUGGCGAGCACGGCCAAGCGCCAAGCGCGCUGUCGCCACAUGACGAGCAACGGCGCCGUCUUCCUCGAAACCGCUCUGCGCAAUGUACGCGACUGGCACGCGUUUGGCGCGUGCUGGGGCGACGCGUUUACCGCGGGUAUCGUCGCUGAGGUCGAGCGCAGCAGCGACGGCAAAGCGUGGCUACAGCAAACGAAAGGGGUCUCCACUACGAUCGCGGACGAAGCUGCGCGCUGGCGCCGCGCCAACAUCGCAGACCUCCUCGUGGAGAACGCGCUCGGACUGCACUUUUCCUUGCCGCUCGCGCAGGUCGCGGCGUCGUUCCACCCGACACGGCAGACGUCCAUGGUCAUGUACUGGGGCUUUGCGAGCGAUCUCUGGGCGGUCGACCCAAGCAACGAGACAGUUGUUGGCGGCUUGAGUCUGCUCCGGUCCAGUUCUCGCUUUGCCUUUGCCAACAUCAGUCGUCAAGCACUGCUUGUUGACAACUUGACGCUGUCAGCGCCGCUGCAAGGCGGCUAUGUCGCGCUCUCCGCCGCGCUCGGUCCCUUCAACGCGGUCGACAUGCUAUACGUCCUCUGCCCGACGCCUGUGCUUCAGUUCUACCACGGUCUUCUCGAGGCCGUCGCCAUUCUCACGACGGGCACGAACGUGUCGAUCCAAGCCAGCUAUCUUCGCAUCCCGACUUCGCCGCUCAUCAUUCCAGCGCCGUCCCCGUGGCUGGCCUAUCCGACGACGAUCAUCGCGGUGGGUGGCAACAUCUUUUGCCCUAUCAACCAAGUCGGCGGCCCUUUCUUCAUGGGCUACGGCGUCGGGUUUGCCGACACGAGCUUUUGCAACACGUUUGUGACCGACAACAUCGAGCCCUCGAUCAACCACGUGCUCUUCGCCACCGUUGGCUUCAACGCGACCUCGCGCCUUGCAUCGAACGACGACUGGCGCGCCAUCUGCAUGCUCAACACGUACAUGGACAGCGACUGUGCGGCCAAGUACGGUGUCGCAGAGCGCUUUCUACAUCAGCACGCAGCUGCCUUUACGGGUCUAAAGCCGCUCGCUACGAGCGCGUACGCGGCUGUCCACGCACUUGACGUUCAGCUGCUUCAGUAUGUCCUCAACAUCACCGACAUGGACAUGACCGACCCCAACAUGUCGAGCAUGAACAUGGUGACGCUCUUGCAGACCGACUUGCUUGGUACGGACGAUCGGCCGUGGCACUUUUACGCGUGGCUCCUCCUCUUCGAGUGGGCCAGCGGCAUGCGCGAGGUCGUUUCGUUUCAAGGCGACAAUGGCACUUUAACGACGCUCUCGCAAGCCCUGCAACCCAUCGCGAUGGCGCCCGACCCGCGCGUGAUUCGCACGUCGUACGCACCGUUUCUGCAGACGAUUGCCCAGUACAUUUCCGGUGUUCUCAUUGCGAUUGCGGGACUUAUGCUGCUGUACACCCUCCACAUGCGCGGCGUCGUCGAGGGCCUCAACCUCUUUGAACUGAACCGCGUCGUUGGCAUGGUCUGGAUCGGCCGGAGCUUUCUCAUUGUGCGCAGCAUCACAGCACUCUGCCUCCUCAACACGGCGACGCUCCAGCUUACGCGGUUGGGCGUUGGCACCCACUUUGCGUCGCCGCACUUGCCGUGGUUCAAGGUCCUUCUCGCGUCGGCCGAGAGCACGUGGCUGGUCUACGUCCUCAACGACCUCUUCAGCUGCGUCACCCAUCAGUACACGCCGUACUAUGCGUUCAAGAGCUCGCUCCUCGCGUGGGGUAUCACCUUUCUAUGGACGCUGCUGUCGCCGCUGGUACAAAGCGCGCAGCUCCAACGAGCUUGCGACUUUGUCGAUAUGGACGCUGGCCUUAUCUGCGUGAGUGGCGUUGUGCAUCUAGGCAGUCUCUCGCGCGUCCUAACGGCGAUGGCCAUUGCGUUCGGCUGCGUCGUUGGCUGCUAUGGGCUAGAACGUCUUGCGCGCCCGCAUUUGGUGAAGAACGAGGUGCCGACGCUAGCGCUCAACGCGCAGAGCUUUUACAUUCUCGAGUUGUACAAGUACGAGCACGAAUACUUUCUGGACAAGGCGAGCGCCGCCAUGGCCGGCAUCCUCUCCGUCGCGUUUCGCCAGCACGUGUACAUCCUCGACGUCAAGAUGUGGCGCUUCCUUGUGAUUCCAGAGCCUCAACGCAGCGCCUUCCAUCCGUACCAUCGUUGCUUGCCACUCAAUGCGUUAUAGAGAAAUAGACUGUAUUGGUUCUAAUGACAUCGUGGUUUCGUGGAG